AGCGCCGGCGGAGCCAUGAAUCAAAGGCCGUCAUGUGAUGGAGGGGCGGCGCUGCGCUGGCUCCCGGCCAGUGGCGGCAGCCCAUGGGUGGGACGGACGGGCAGAAAAAGACUGAUAUGACUAACGGAGCCUGGCUGCGUGCUACCUCUGUUUGGAUCUACAGGAAUGUAGGCUCUAGCAGUACUGCAGCUCUACCAGCCUCUUGCCCGACACUGCAACUGCUGCUCACAAAGUAGAAUCCUGCUGCUCUUUGGUAGGAAGGAUAGAGAAAGAACAUGGCCUGCAUUUUGAAGAGAAAGUCCAUUGUUGCUGUGAGUUUCAUUGCAGCAUUCCUCUGUCUGAUCAUUGUUCGUCUCACAAAUGAAGUAACUUUCCCUUUGAUCCUAAACUGCUUUGGACAAACCAGAGUCAAGUGGAUCCCAUUUUCUAAUGGCCAAAGGCAGCCUUUGAAAACUCAUUAUGGAUAUAUAAAUGUAAAAACACAAGAGCCUCUACAGCUUGACUGUGACCUCUGUGCCAUUGUUUCAAACUCAGGACAGAUGGCUGGCCAGAGGGUGGGCACCGAGAUAGACAAGUCCUCCUGCAUAUGGAGGAUGAACAAUGCUCCCACAAAGGGCUAUGAGGAAGAUGUUGGGAGAAGGACAACUGUAAGAGUGGUCUCUCACACAAGUGUGCCUCUCCUGCUCAAGAAUCCCGAGUACUUUUUCAAAGAAACCAACAACACCGUUUACGUGGUCUGGGGUCCUUUUCGAAACAUGAGGAGGGAUGGAAAUGGCAUUGUGUACAACAUGCUGAAGAAAACUGUUGACAGCUACCCAACUGCCAAAAUCUACGUGACAACGGAGAAGCGCAUGAGUUACUGCGAUGCGGUAUUCAAGAAGGAGACAGGAAAAGACCGAGUCCAGUCAGGUUCAUAUCUCAGCACGGGUUGGUUUACCUUAAUUUUGGCUAUGGAUGCUUGCUAUGGAAUUCACGUCUAUGGGAUGAUAAAUGACACCUACUGCAAGUCAGAAGGCUUUCGUAAAGUUCCCUACCACUACUACGAGCCAGGAAGAGAGGAGUGUGAGGAAUACUUUCUCCAUGAAAAUGCUCCCUAUGGAGGCCACAGGUUUAUCACGGAAAAGAAAGUAUUUGCUAAGUGGGCCAAGAAGCAGACAAUAAUAUUUACACAUCCCAACUGGACAGUGUCUUGAUACUGGUUUACUUAACUCUCCCUUAACAGCAUAUUGCAAAAAUGUCUCAGUUUACAAUAGUUUUGCUUACAUCUGGCUGGCCUUUCUCAGCCUAGGUAACACUAAACUAAAAACCAGAAGACAAAGAGGGUGGUGGUUCAGCUGUUAAGCAAAAUUAAUCAUCUGUGGAAGGCAGACACAUUGUUUGUUAUUUCUAAGGGUUUUAAUCCACAUUAUGCACUUUAUACUUUAACUGGAUUUUACUUCAAGGCAGGAGCAGUUAAAGACAGAUGAGAUUUCCUGUAUAUACAGGUGCACACAGAGAACAUGGUGGUCCUUUGAAAAUUGUCCAUCAUCUCAGAUAUUUAAAAUUAUUUGUAGCUCAUUUGCUGUACUGAAGUGCUAAUUUCAUUUGUGGUGUCAGUUGAAAUUUUUGACUAAAGAAAUGUGGGGUAAAAUACAGACCUCCAAAAUCCAUGAGAGAGUAAAUUUUAAAAAACACCUGAAUAUAUUGAUACACAAUAUAUUGUGAGCACUUGCAUAUAUGGUGAAAUUAGAGAUGAGCUAAGCAUGGUUCUUGAACUGUACCCAACUCUUGAAUAAGAGAUAUUAUCUACUUAAGACUUCUGAUUAAUUAAUAACUUCUGAAAUGCAGCUUCCUUCUACCCUGGUCAGUCUGCACCAUCUGGGACUAUGUAGUUUGUGCUUUUUGAAGCUGUUAUCCCACAGUUCAGCUCCAGCAGAAUGGCACUUGGCAAAGAUUGUUUUGAAGCCCAUGGUGAACCUUUGGCUGUUGUACCAAGUCUGCUGUCAGUACCCCAAGCUGGUGAGUGUAAAGUUGUGUCAUUAAUAUCUCAAUUUACUCAGCUGUGCAUUGGACUUGCUCCAACAUCCAAAUAACAGUAUUUUGACAGUAUUUCCCAUGCAGCCCUUAUAAUUUAUUUUAGAUCUCCAGUUUCUCCAUCUUUAACAAUAAGGAUAGUGUCUAUCUAUCUCACAUGGGAUUUUUGAGGAUUAAUUUGAUUUCAUUUCAAACACUUUCCUGAUGCAGAAUGCUCCAGAUUAUUUAUUCUUAACACAAAAACAAUGAUGCCUGUCAUUUAUUCUUGUCUGUUGGGUAUUUGAAGAAAGUGACAGUGUGUCUGGCUCUGAUGGCAAAUUGUUCUGUGCAUCCGCUUUCCUGCUGAGGAUAAUUUGUAAUACUGAGUUCUAUCAGCUUGCAUUGCUUCAGAUGAAGUUGAAAGAACUCCCUAUCUCACAGUAUUAUCUGCACAUUAAAAGGCAGUUCAAGAAUCUUAAAAUACACUCAUCUCUAGUUUAAAUAUGUAUUUCCAAGCUUGCUGUCAUGGAAAGUUUUCAACUGCAGCAGACUCAUUUGUAAUAUGACCAUAAUUCAACUACACAUGUGAGUUUUAUUUAAACUGUAUUUAAACUAAUGCUUUAAGUUUAGAAUGUGUCCUAUGAAUAUUUUAACAUCUGGAAUGUCAGAUUCAACACUGUAAUGGCCAAUACUGUGAACACUUGAAGGAAUUACAUGUGGAAUAUGUCACACAGGGUUUAUUCACACUACUUAAACAUUAACCAACAGGAAACUUUGUAUGCUUUUGUAAAUCAAGAAAAGGGGAAAGUAAAAAGCUAUUUUUACAUGUAA